CUUAGUUCCUACACUAGCUAUAUACUGCUGGGGCAGCACAGCCCUUGAUGGAAUAAGAAAACAGAAUAUCCAAAGCGAACCUGGAAGCUGUGAACUGUGGGCAGCUCUAACUAAUCAACGUUUAUGGAUUGAUGCCAACGAUCUUUCUACUUCUGAGAAAAUGGCAGCGGCCUGGGGUGCUGUUUGGGCUGCUCUGGUCCGCAGUUGCGGGAGGCGCGGGGCGCUCAUGCUUGGCAGCUUCCGGGAACGCAAAGGCUGGACAGCUCCGUGGCUCGCAACCGCCUCCCUGCUCGGAGGGGGUGCCUUGGUGGCCUCCUGCCGAGGAUGGAACAGGCGGGAGGGGACUGGCAGCUUCUUCCUGGUUCUGGCACAGAAGGAAGAUGCGGUGGAUGAAGAGAUGGCAGAAAAGCUUUCCAUUCGAAAGCAACGUUUUAUGAAAUUUGCUUCUUUGGAAUAUGGAGGAGAAUAUUACAUGACUCCAAGAGACUUCCUGUUCUCAGUUAUGUUUGACAAAUCAGAGCGUAAAACUUUGGCCAAGAAACUGACAAAAAAGGAAGUAGAUUCUACCCUAGCAAAUGUUACGAAGGCUAAACCAGGACCAACUUUUUUCAGAGAUCUUGGAGACAGAGGAUUGAUUUCCUACACAGAGUACCUCUUUUUGCUGACAAUACUCACAAAACCACAGACUGGAUUUCAUAUUGCUUUUAAAAUGUUGGAUGCAGAUGGCAAUGAACAAGUAGAGAAAAAAGAAUUCUUUAAGCUUCAGAAAAUAAUUGGAAAGCAAGAUGAAUUUAAAACAGCUUCAGGAGAUGACAUCCUGUCUCAGGAAUCAGAAAUGGAAGGUGCUGAUAUCAACACCAUGUUACUGGUCCACUUUUUUGGAAAAGGAGGAAAAGAUAAACUUCAGUAUUCGGAAUUCCAAAGAUUUAUGCAGGAUUUACAAGCAGAAGUACAAGAAUUGGAAUUCAAUCAGUUUUCCAAAGGUCUAACCUUCAUGAGAAAGGAAGAUUUUGUAGAGUGGUUGCUGUAUUACACUGAUGAAGAAAACAAUGAAAUUUAUUGGCAAAAUGUGAAAGAGAAAAUCCAAGGAGGAGAGAGUAUCAGUAUGGAUGAAUUUAAGACUUUCUGUCAAUUUACAAACCGUUUAGAAGAUUUCUCAAUUGCUCUGAAAAUGUUUACUGUGGCCAGCCGUCCUGUUAAACGGGCGGAGUUCAAGAGAGCUGUGAAAGUGGCUACAGGACAGGAACUCUCAGAUAACGUUUUGGACACCAUCUUCAAGAUCUUUGAUUUAGAUGGAGAUAAUUGCCUCAGCCAUGCAGAGUUCCUUGGAGUCCUCAAAAAUAGGAUGCAUCGUGGAUUAAGGGUGCCUCAGCAACAAGGAGUCCAAGGUUACUGGAAAUGUGUGAAACGAGAAACCAUUAAGGGAGCAAAAGAAGUUUGGAAGCAAACCGGGAAGAGUCCUUUUUAAAUGUAUUUUUGUAAGAUCGUUUAUGACUCGGCUUUCUGGUUUUGCUUUGCUUUUCAUGUAUAUUUUUACAGAUUGGCUCUACUAGACGAAGUGCAAUCAUUUAAUGCCAUUAAAUAUCAGACACUUCCAUUAUUUGAUUUUGAUAGGGGGUGGGCAUGAAAAAGAAAAUGUCUUUUGUGUUUCGGAAUCAUUCAGGGAUGCUGCAGUUUGAUAGAAGUGAACACACACACAGCCAAAGCACUUUUGGUUGUUCUACAUUUUAACUGAAACAAAAUUGGGGGGAGCUUUCUUAGCUUGGCCCUCUUCCCCACCUCUAGGAAAUGGCCUUUUUCAGCCCUUCCCAGCCCUUCCUGUUCCUUGCCCUUAGCUGCUGAUGUCCUUGGCUUAAAUCAUGAUAUCACCACCAGCCCAAACCACUACCAAAAACCCCUUCCUUUCCUCCCUUCCCCUUUGCCACUACCAUUUCCAGCGUGCUUGGCUUCCAAUGUAGCAUAUGCAAUUGAUCCACCCACUUUUUAGUACCUUCCUUUCCUUGCCUCCUUUGCCUGCAACCUCAUUGCCCCUUUCCUGCUCUCUCUCUCUGUCUCUCCCCAAAGUACUUCUCUCUUAAAUAUGCUAGUUUUGAUCCUGUGGCAGAUCACCAGAAACGAAUCCUUCCAUGCAUAGAACACUUUGCAUAUCCCUACAGCAAUAGAAUUUGCUUUAGGAUUAUUUUAGAUGGUACUCGUGUUCUCACAGAUGGAGACUGUUUACCAGCCUAUCUGGAAUUUAGCACAGAUAGUCCUCCAUUUACGACUUACGGUUUCCAGCAUUGACUUAGCUUGUCAGAAGCCAGCUGGGAAGAUUACAAAUGCUAGUUGCCAAGUGCCCAAACUUUAAUCGUG